AUGGAUGCCGAUUCUGCGGACUCCGGAGAAUUGAGAGACUUCGGCCACCUCAUUCGUUUUGGGCCCACCGGCUCUCAAGUGGAAGAGUAUCCGCUCAAUGGUCUCAUCGAUGAGCUCUUGUCAUGGUUUUGUGUAUACUACCAUGUGCACAACGCCGACGAUAUAUUGCCGUCUAUCCGUGAUGAUUUACGUGGGAGUGCGCCGGGCGUUGAUCCCGAGUCAAAGACCAUUUCUAACCUACAACAAGAUGGCCACUCUGAAUACGAGGAAUACAGAGAGGACUCGGACGACGAAAACUUAUCCAAGUUCAAAAAGUUGGAAUCACACGUAGCGAUCAUCUCUGUAUUUAAGAACUAUCUGCAGGUUGAAUGGCCGUCAGAUGAUAACGAAGUGAAGGAGAAGUUGACGAACGAGAAAAUGAAAGCCGACACCAGGAAACGCAGUAUGAAUGGUGAAGAGCCGCAGCUCUCGAACAAACGGCUGAAAUCAAUAACUUCAAGCAACGUUGCAAUGCUCACUCCCGCUGGUGGUCGCUCGCAAUCUAUCAACUCUUCUGGUGUCACUCCUGCGACUGGGUCACCACGCAGCGCCUCUCAUUCUGUACGUGCCUUACAGUAA